AUGGCUGCUAUCCAAGAGAAGAGCCCGGUCGACAUGGCACGUACUGACGAGGAGAAACAUACUGCCACCGAGCAUCAUGAGGUCGCGACUCCGGCCCAGCAGGUACCCAGUCAUGAUUCAGAUCCACCUGACUACUCUGACCAUUUCAACAACACGCCUUGGACAUGGAAAGACCGUGGCGCUGCUCUUUCCUUGUCUGGCCUUUACGUUGGCUCCCAAAUCCCACUAUAUUUCGUCGGCGGCUCCCUGAGCUUCAUCGCCGCAGACAUCGGUGGCGUCGCUGCCUCAGCAUGGCUCCCAGUUGCGUACGCCCUUGCCCUGGCCGCAGUGGCCCCCUUUUCCGGAUAUCUCCAGGAUCUCAUUGGCCGACGAAACAUCACGCUCGUUGGAGGUCUGGUGCUGUUGAUCGGAAUCAUUGUUCUGGCGACGGCAAAGACCUUUGGGCAGGGCGUGGUCGGCAUGGCACUGGCCGGUGCGGGUGCGGCUAUUGGUGAACUGACGGCGCUGGCUGGCACUGCAGAGCUCGUGCCUGUCAAAAGCCGUGGCUACUACCUCGCGCUGGUGACGGGUUUCGUGCUCCCGUUCACGCCGUACCUUCUUUUUGCCCAGCUGCUGAGCACGUACCACACUUGGAGAUGGGGCAUCUGGAUCUGCCUCAUGUGGAAUGGAUUUUGGUGGGUUGGAAUCCUGGUCCUCUACUUCCCGCUCUCUCAGUCCCGAAUCCACGGUGACGGCACCAAAUCAAUCCUGUCAAAGAUUGACUACGUUGGCGGAAUUACCUCUGUUGGCGGUCUCACGUUGUUCCUGGUUGCUAUGCAAGCCGGUGGCUACUCACACCCUUGGAAGAGCGCUUAUGUUCUUUGUACCAUGAUCAUUGGUGUGCUGUUGAUCGGUGCCUUCUGUUUCUGGGAGUGGAGGGUCUCAAAGCUGCCAAUGGUGCCUCGUGAAAUGUUCUCUGGGCAGCGAAUUGUGGCCAUGGCUUAUGGCAUCGCAUUUGUUGCCGGCAUGAACUUCUACGGGAUGCUCAAUUUCUUCCCUAUACUGUUCCACGAUGUCUUUCCUCCAGAUCCGGUGCAGGUUGGGCUCAAAGGGUUAGCCCCAGGACUCUCGACGACAUUCGGCGCUGUCUUCAUCAACGCAUGUCUCACGUGGUUCAGAGGCUGGAACCGAGAGCUUCUCUUGGGCUCUUGCAUCAUCAUGACGGCCUUCUCUGGCUCUUUGGCAUGCAUCACCCCCAACGAUGGCAAGCUCGUCGUCGCCCUCUCGACUAUGACAGGUUUUGGCGUCGGUGGAGUCCUCGUCCCAGCAGCCACCGUCGCCGUCAUGGUCUGCCCGGACACCACCAUCGCCACCUGUAUAGCCCUCUCGCUCGCGAUCCGCACCGUGGGCGGCUCCAUCGGCUAUGCCAUCUACUACAACGUCUUCAUCAAUAAGCUCACACCCAAACUUCCCGCUUAUGUUGGCGAAUACGCCGUCAGAGCUGGCUUGCCGAUUUCCAGCGCUGAGACAUUCGUUGGCGCGUUCCUCACCGCGCCGGAGCAGGUAAGCGAAGUCCCAGGAGUUACGCCGGAGAUCCAACAGGCUGCAGCGAUGGGGGCGCGGUGGGCGUACGCGGAGAGCUUGAAGUUUGUGUGGUACGCCACCAUUCCAUUCGGCAUCUGCGCCAUUGUGGCUUGCUGUUUCCUGCCAAAUACGAAGCAGUACAUGACUUCGCGUGUGGCAGCUAAGCUUCGACAUUGA